GAACCACUGCAUCUUCCAAGUCACUGACAUUCUCCGCCUUUCUUCAAUAGUCUUUGUGCUUUUCCAUCUUCGAAUCAGUGCUGGGCUGCGAAGCUUCAUAAAAUCUAACACCAACCAUCCCAACGUGUGCAGUGCCGUCACGGUCGAUUUACUUCCAACAUGGAGCACAACGCGGACCGCGAUGAGAUUGUCUCUCAAUUCUGCGCCAUGACUAGGACGGAUCCUCACGAGGCGCAAGGCUAUCUGGCAGCCAACGAGUGGGAUCUCGAAGCCGCAGUCACCGAAUUCUUCGCCGAACAAGAUGAAGCCUCACAGGAUACUGGCGCAGCUGGUGGUGGUCGCCGACUCGGCGCUGAAUCGGAACCCUCUGCCGGCCGUUCGCUUGGUGGCAGCUCCUCUCAUUCCCCCUCCACUACCCCGCAGCUCUCAUCCCGCAGGUCGGCCCCGAAAAAGAAGUUUGCGACCCUGAACGAUUUUGCGUCGGGUGGAGGAGAAUCUUCAGAGGAAGACGAUGCAGUGAACCAAGACUUCUUUGCUGGGGGUGAGAAAUCGGGCUUGGCUGUGCAGAACCCCGAUGAUAUUAAGAAGAAGAUCAUUGAAAAGGCCAAAAGGGCUCAGCCUCCGCCAUCGGACGAACCCACCAGAAGGUCUUUCUUCACCGGCACCGCACGUACCCUUGGUGGUGAUGAGGCCCCCAGCAGAGUGAUCGAAUCCCCCAGUGCACCUGUUUCGCAGACACCGCAGCGCGUACAUAGAACUCUACACUUCUGGUCUGAUGGCUUCUCGGUUGAUGAUGGAGAGCUGUUCAACUCCGACGACCCCGCCAACCGCGAUAUCCUCGAGGGUAUCCGCCAGGGCCGUGCCCCGCUCUCUAUCAUGAAUGUGCAGGCUGGUCAGGAGGUGGACGUGGAAAUUAAACAGCAUGACGAAAAAUACGUGAAGCCUAAGCCUAAGUACAAGCCCUUCUCCGGGGCUGGACAGCGCCUCGGUAGCCCCACACCUGGUGUGAGAGCACCUGCGCCAGCAGCUGCCCCUACUCCCAGUCAGUCCACCGAGCCAGCCAAGCCGGACAUAGAUGAGUCGCAGCCGACGGUGACUCUUCAAAUCCGCCUUGGAGACGGCUCACGGCUCACUUCCCGGUUCAACACCAGCCAUACCAUUGGUGACGUGUACCAGUUUGUGACCGCUGCCAGCCCUAGCAGCCAGUCGCGUCCCUGGGUAUUGAUGACUACGUUCCCCAGCAAGGAUCUCUCCGACAAGAGUGUUGUGCUGGGUGAUAUGGCGGAGUUUAAGCGGGGCGGCGUGGUGGUACAGAAGUGGCAAUAAGUGUGGAGGUAUAGUCCUGUUGGGUAUAGAGGUGUGCAUAAGCUCGGUGCAAUUUCUCAUAACGUCAGGAUUUAGUGAUAGGCAUUUUAGGCAUAGAUAUGAGUUGAUGAGAAGCAGCUCCCGAGUUAUGUCAUGAAAUGAUACAAUGAUGAUCAGUAAUGAGCAGUCUAGGGU